AUGGAUUUGUUUUUGAAAGCAAAAAAGAGAAGUAGUAGCGAUGGCCCGCGCUCAGGCGCCCUAAAGUGCUCUGCCAAGGUGGACCUUUUUAAGCCCACGAAAAAGCUAACACGAGCUCCUGAGGAUAGCGACUACAACGUUGAAAGUGCUAAAUCCAUGGUCGCCUCGGCCGGAAUAGCGUCUGGACAAGAACAGUGCUCUAUAGACAGAACCGUCGGGAUCCCAACCUCCACCCUUGCUCUCUCAGCGGAAAAAGGCAACCACCAAUGGAUGUUUUUCAAUGUAACGCAGGGUUCUGGUGUCUACGAGAGCCUCCAGCAGUUUUCUCACGAAUUGGACAAGAUUCCAGAUUUUGAGAAAAGCGCGUACAUAGAGGCUUGCCAAACCAUCCCAAUGAUCUUGUAUCGAGAGUCGAACCCAGAGAUUUUCUUGCGCUUCCGUUGUGAAAACGUCGCCGCCGCCGCACUCCUCUUUGCACAGCACUGGCAGGUCCGGAAAAAUGUCUUCGGGGAGCGAGCCUUUUUACCCAUGAACUCGACAGGAGAGGGAACCUUAUCACCGACCGAUUUGUUGCUGUACCGCACGCACUAUUUGGUCGCUUUGCCCAACAAUCAAGAUGGUUGUUCCGUGCAGUUCUUCGAACCUGGAGUCUUAGCCUCCUUUACACCAGCGCGUCUCCGCUGCGUUUUUUAUACCCAAUUUCUGGCUAUGCACAACACUAACAAUGCCAAAGAUGGCUACACAAUUCUGACGUACAUGGAUGAAAGGGGCUUUGAUGGCAUCUUUGGUCGUGAGACACCAGCCAGCCUCUUAAAGGCGAUGCCAGUUCGUUUGGGGGCCCUGCUCUUGUUCCACACCUUAACUGGUGACGAGAUGAAUGUUUUUGAGCGCUGCGUUCCACAACUCACUAGAUUGUACAGCUGUCCUGUCAAAACAUUUUCCUUGGCAACUUGUACAAAAGAGGAGAUUGGGGACUUCUUCCAGAUCCGGGCUCUCAAGCCCGAAGCUCUUCCUGUAAAAGUUGGUGGAGCCCUUUCUCAGGCAGAUGUUAUCAAUCUGGAUAAAGCGAGAACUCAAAUGGAGUGGCAAGCCCACGCUGAACUUGCGCACUCUGACUUGCUCAACCUUGCCGAUACUGACAAGGUUUUCCAAUCCAAAACAAAGGGCCAUGACUUAUUGAAUGUGCCCCAAAGACCCAAAAGUUGGAUCUUUCAGACGCAAUUAGACCACUGUAAUUCCACAGCGCUCGAUGCCUUUGCGAAGGCGCUUCGCGAGAUUCCUCAAAGCGAAAAAUCUUCUUUUUUGGAAGCACUUGAGUCUGCUCCAGACCUGCUCCACCGAGAAACGCACCCAAGGAUAUUUCUUCAGUUUGAAGCAAACGAUCCUUUAGCAGCUGCAAGACGAUUUGUUUCUCACUGGCAAACACGCCAAAGACUGUUUGGAGAUCGAGCGUUUUUGCCCAUGAAUACAACGGGGGACGGAGCUUUAUCUAGUGAUGAUAUCGAGCUUCUAUCCUCCACCUAUAUCACACUUCUGGAGAAAGACAACGUCGGCAGAGAUGUGAUUUUUUAUACUCCGGAAUUGGCUGGUGCUGAGUCAACAGAGCGCCUGAAAUGCGGAUUUUAUACCCUGACUCGAAUUAUGCAAAAUGAAAAAACGGUUGAGAACGGCGCCGUUGUGAUUGCUUUGCUAGGCCAAACAGAAAUGGGACAGGCGGCAGGGAGGUCUGGAGUUGCUGAAAUGUUACGACGGUCAAUACCAAUACGUUUCAAGAGAGUCCAUAUAAUUCAUUGCUUGAGUGGUUUUGAGGAGCAAGUGUUUGAAAAGAGAGUCCUACCAUCUGUCCUUGGUUUGUUUGGCUGCCAAGUGCUUGCGCACGAUGCAAAUGCGCCAUCGGAAGUUUUGGCUACGCUUGUUGCUUGUGGCCUAAAGGAAGAACACCUGCCUGAUUUGAUCGGCGGAAAGAUGAGUUUUGCAGAUAUUGUGGCUUUGAACGAAAAUAGAAGGGGCCAGGAAAGAGCAGAUAUUACAGGCCUUUUAUCCGGUGUUGGAGAGCCUGGUGAAGUACAUGUUGCAGACGACCUAUCGCUAAACGGUGGGUUUGACCAUGAGAACGGCGAUCCGCACUUUCGCGAUGAAAUGAUUGUCAAAAACCCAAAGGAAACGCAAGAAGUGAGGGAUUGGGAGCAAAGAAACGGUGCAAUUGUUUCAUCGUCUGGAGAAGUCGAAGUCAACGAAGAAAAUCUCCACUUUCUUAAAGGAGAAAACCGUAAACGAAUUCUCAAUGUAAUCGCAUCACGGCGAAAGCGGCUACGACGAAAAGAGCGCUAUGAAUCUCUAGAAAAAUUUUGCAAUGACCUUUGCGCACGUAAGGCAGCUAUGCAAGAAGCAAAUGCUCGACUCGAGGAACUUCUGCGAAAGGCCAGCGGCGUGGUGGCAGCAUACAAAAUGUCAAUGCGCACGAGUAUGAGCAGCAGCUUUCCCCUCGACACUUAUACCUUGUCAACAAUGGGGUAUGGUGCACAUGCUUUACAUGGAUCUGUAAUGUUUUCUCCACAUGGUAUGCCUAUUCCUGUGACUAACGGUCUGAUCGAAGAACAGCUGUGGAGGCAUUUCAUGGAUGGACAGCUUGUAACACAGGCAGCGGCGAACGAAGCAAAUCACAAUGCUUCCGUUGCACAACGUCAUAUGCUGCCGAUGUUCCUGAGACCGUCCGACAGGGGGGCCCGACCGUACGGAUCAUUGCCGGUCGGUCCUAAUCUAUGUGGCGAUCUGCGAGAUAUCGCGGGCAGGGCUCUGACUGCUAAUUCUUUGCGAGAUGGGCUAACCGCUUGGGAAAUUGGCGGCGCGCUUGAUGCCACACACAAAGACCGUUUGUAUGCGGAGCUCGAUCGUAAAGUGCUACGAAAACCCGAUUGA